CAAGGACCUGUACAAGGAGGCCAUGAUGGAGGAGCACCAGCCUCUUAUAUCACAAGAAAAUCCCAGUAAGAAAUGUGAAAAUGUCAUGUUACCACUAGAUGACAAUAUCAUGCAGAGCUCUUCAGGAGAAAACCUCAUUAUCCUUAAUGUACAUCCAGGACUUCACAGUACAGAUCUGUCAUAUAAUCCUCCUAAUUAUGAGGAACCUUCUCCUGACCAAUCACAGAUUGUUACCACAAGUACAGGUCAGAAAAGGAUUAAAAGGUUUCACUGUGGUAAAGAAUCCACAAACAGCUCAGGACUUUCUACACACCGAAGACGUCACACAGGAGAGAAAUUGUGUUCAUGUUCAGAAUGUGGGAAAUGUUUUAUAUAUAAAUCAGAUCUUGUUAUACAUGAGAGAAGUCACACAGGAGAGAAACCAUAUUCAUGUUCAGAAUGUGGGAAAUGUUUCACACGGAAAUCAAGUUUUGUUACACAUGAGAGAUGUCACACAGGAGAGAAGCCAUAUUCAUGUUCAGAAUGUGGGAAAUGUUUCACACGGAAAUCAAGUUUUGUUACACAUGAGAGAUGUCACACAGGAGAGAAGCCAUAUUCAUGUUCAGAAUGUGGGAAAUGUUUUAGAAAGAAAUCAUAUCUUGUUACACAUGAGAGAUAUCACACAGGAGAGAAGCCGUAUUCAUGUUCAGAAUGUGAAAAAUGUUUUACAGAGAAACCACAUCUUGUUAGACAUGAGAGAUGUCACACAGGAGAGCUGCCAUAUUCAUGUUCAGAAUGUGGGAAGUGUUUUAGACAAAAAUCUCAUCUUGUUAUACAUGAGAGAAGUCACACAGGAGAGCAGCCAUAUUCAUGUUCAGAAUGUGGGAAAUGUUUCACACGGAAACCGUAUCUUGUUACACAUGAGAGAAUUCACACUGGGGAAAAGCCGUAUUCAUGUUCAGAAUGUGGGAAAUGUUUUUCAGAUAAAUCAAGUUUUCUAAAACAUAAGAGGAAUCACACGUGAGAGAAGCUGCAUUUACAAUGAGAAAAACGUUUUUGCUUCUAAAGCCAUAAUUAGGGGUCAUUAGUGAAGUCACACAAGAGAGAAGCCAUAUGGCCGCAAUAUAACGAAACAAUAUAUCACUGGGUCAUAGACAUUGUUUUCAUUUCAGGUUGUAUAUUUGGAUAUAAAAGCUUAAUUGAUGUCACAUAACGGCUUCUAUAAAACAUCUGAUAAAUCCUGUUUAGGAAGACAUAUAUUCUGUUCAUAACUUAUAUUUUAAACCUUACAGUUAACCCUUUUAGCCCGGAGGGUUUUUCCUAUUUUCGUUUUUUUACUCCCUGCCUUUCCAGGACUUUUUUUAUUUUUGCGUUUACAUAGCCGUAUGAGCUCUUGUUUUUUGCCGGACAAGUUGUAUUUUCUAACUCCUCUAUUUAAUAUUGCAAACGAUGUAGUGGGGAGAUGGAAAAAAAAUCCAUGUGGGGCGAAAUUGUAAAAAUAACACAAUUACGCAUCAGUUUUAUGUUUUGUUUUUACAAUGUUCCCUAUACAGUAAAACUGACCUGUUACUUUCAUUAUCCAGGUCAGUACAAUUACGGCAAUACCACAUAUGUAUCGUUUUUCUUGCAUUUUAAUACUGAAAAGUAUUUUUUUCCGUUUCAUCGCCAUAUUGUGACUUCUAUAACCUUUUUGUAGUUACAGAUGCAGCAGUGUUAGCGAUCACAGUAGAAUCGCCUAAACGCAG